UUUAAAUAUUCAAGGAUGUCGGAUAAUGGUAGUGAAGAGAAUUCAACUAGUAGUCGUGAAAUGGAUAUGGAAUCCAUAACAGUAAAAUUUGGAAUAAUUAUUGUUAUUUAGGUCAAACUAUAUGUUGAAUUAAUCGAUGGUAGGGAUUCAAUGUUGAAUUAUAUUGAGUACUUCCCAGAGUUUGAUCUGAGUAAAAUUUAGUAGCCCAAUGGAAUCAAUAUCUCCAAAUUGACAAGCAAACUUAAGGAGUUAGGCAUAUAAUUGGAGGGACGCACAAUUUCCUAUUAUAGUUUCGAUUGUGAAAUGUAUAUAAAUUGUGGAUUGGACCCUGUGCAUUAUUCUUAUGUCAUGUCAUUGAAUGAAAUUCAAUCAACCAACCAAUUGCACAUUAAGUGCAUUCAGACUGGGAUUUCACUCAUUCACUUAGUGAUGUCUGAGGAAAUGAAUGAAAAAGUUAAUAAAAUGAAAGAGUAGGAAGGGAAUGAUCAAUAAUAACAACAGUAAAAUUAAGGAUAGGAGAAUCAAAAACAAUGUAGAAGAACAAAGGAGAGGAGAAUCGGAUACAUCAUUGAUAAAGUUGCAAAAUGGAGGGAAUAUUAUAAUGUAAUAUUUUUGGUCACUAUGUUUAAGGGCAUUGUAAUAGAUGGGGAGAGUAGGAGAUUUACUCUUGAGGAAGCUGCUCAAAAAGUUAAUAUCUCUAAAAAGAGUUUAGAUGAUUAUUUACUGCAGAUUCGAUAUGGAAGAAAAUUCGGCUUUAAUUUUAAUGAACACAAAAAUGAGAAGGUUGGAGUCUUAAGAGCAUUUGUCAAGAAGAACAAUUCAACUAAGAAGAAGAAGGUAAAAUAAGAAUGAUUACCAAG